GACUAUAACAAUAUGUGUGUGGGUGUGGGUGCCGUCCCGGGGCGUGGCCGUGGCGGUGCCGCGCGCCGGACGGUCCCGGUGUUUACCUCGAGGCGGCAACAUGUCAAACAUUCCCGGGGCGGCGCAGCUCUUCGACGAGUUGGACAAAAAACUAAUGGUGUACCUGCGUGAUGGGAGAACACUUAUUGGUUACCUGCGUAGUGUCGAUCAGUUUGCAAAUCUUGUUCUUCACCGCACCAUAGAACGAAUUCAUGUUGGCAAUCGUUAUGGUGACAUAGAGCGUGGAGUCUUCGUCAUCCGUGGGGAAAACGUGGUGCUACUCGGGGAAAUAGAUGAGACAAAGGAAGAGAAUGAUAGAUUAGAAAAUGUCAGCAUUGAGGAAAUCUUGGAGGCGCAGCGUGUGGAGCAGGAGCGCCGGCAGGAACAAGAGCAGCUUCGUGCACGCUUCAUGAAGGAACGCGGCCUACAGUACACAGCAGAGAUUGGCCCUGAUGACAUGUACUAGAUUGAGGUAACCGUCCCUUCUUGUAACAUCCUCAGGAAGAAUGGUUUAUUGUCUCAAUUUCUUAUCAGCAGAGGUGAAGUAAAGCAAUUUUACCUACUGCUUUGAAUGCAAAUUUGCAUUUCCACCAAAAUAUUUGAAUUAUUUUUUGAGAGAACUACAUGAAUGUAGUAUGAGUUACAAGCUGAAGUGUUGUUAUAUAAUUUCUACCGAUAUAAACUUUGUUGUCAGUUUCACAUCAUAUUCACUCAUUGACCAACGACCACUGCUGUUUCCAUGAAGAAAAAAUAACAGCCCUCAAACAGCACACCCAGAAGUUUACAUUAGAUCUUAAAAGAAGAGGUUUACAAUUGUCUACAUAUUUAUUAACUGGCCCAUUAUUCUUCUGGUUAGCAAAGGGAUGCACCAACUAGUUCAUGAUGUCACCUUUAUAAUUACUGUAGGUCUUUAAUAGGAAGGUUCUUGUUAGCAGUCAUAUUUUCUUAAAGUGGUUGCAUUAUGACAUUUAUUAUCCUUGAUGAGGAUGUGAAAUACAAAUCAAAUUGCUGCCUUUGGUUGCAUAUUCCACCUCAGGAGUAUUAGGUAACAUUGAUGGUGGACCAGUGAAUUGUUCCUUUGAUGUCUGAUACUAUCCAUCCCUUUCCUUUUCCUACCUUUUUUGUUGAGUUGUGCAGUGCUGCGGCAGACAACUUGAGCCAGUUACCCUUACCCUGUCAACACCAGCAGGAUACAAACUUAGCAGAGCAGAGUAACACCAGAUUCAAACAUGUAAUGGUAUACUGCAGCACAUAAAACAUCAUAAAAUAUUAUUAAGUAAUUUUCAAUAAACACAGCAUCAGUAUUCAAUUUAAAUAACUCAUUGCGGUCAGGGGUGAUCUAGGUGCAUGAAGGCCACAAUGCACUUAAUCUAAAUGUUUGUCAGGGAAGAAUUAGGAAAAGAGGAAGAACAAAGGGAUGUAUGUAGAGGGGGAUCAGUAAGGUGUUAGGAACAGAAUACUUUUCAUAGAAGUAAGAUUAUAUUUUUGUCAAACAAUACUAUAUAUCAUUUCCAUUUAGCUUAAUUUUAUAAGGUCAAUAAGUAAAGACUUUUGUUUUUUGUAUUUAUAUUAAACUUGUACUUGGGCAUGCCAGGAAAUGUUUGUACUUCACUUCAUCAGGUGAGGUGACAGCUAUCCCAGCAUGAUGUAAAGGCAGGUCACUUAACUCAAGGUUAUGCAAACUGCAGUUCACAUCAUAAAUAAAAGUAAUAUUAUGUAAA